AUGGAAGACGUUCCGACGUGGCUCCAAGCUUUUAAAUACAUACGGGAUGAGCCGAGCUUCUCUCCAGUGCGGCAGCAGGACCGUUACGAAGACGACGCCGUUUCAGAGGCGUUUCUUGGCGUGAGCACGGCCGUCGAGCAGGCUGAUACUGCCCUGACUGCCGUGGAGGACGACACACAGUCCCAGUACGACACUGCGCUCCAGCACAACACGUGCAAAAAAAAUAUACAACUCGAACACGGAGCGACCUGGGGAACCGAGGCGGGUGGCGGGUUCUAUGUCGACCUGGGCCCAAAACAUCGGGUCAAGCGAACCCCUAGCGAUGAACGAUGCGCGGAAGCAGCACCAACCCCUGCCGUCCGCCCUAGGCGAACGGCCAAUGUCUUUGUCAAGCUCCCGGAGGAUUACACCGAGGAACAGGCGCAGGAACAGGCCCGGAAUCAUCAACGGGCCCAUAAACAGCAACUGGCGCAGAGGCCGACACAGGAGCCGGAGCAGCAGGUGCCGUUCAACGGCGAUCCGAUGGACUGGGACCCAGUACUGGUCGAGGAGGACACGGCCCAGGACGAGGCUAGGGAGGGGCCGGGACACGGCCAAGGCCACGAUGCGGUCCAUGCUUGCGGGCACUGUGCGUCGUUGAUCGGGGUGACGGGCCAGCUGGCGGCCCGCCUCCGGGAACACGACGUCUCGUCGAGAGCCCAGUGGGAGAGAAUCUGGCAAUUAGAACGGCUGGUCUGGGAGCAGAAUUGCCAGUUGCAGGAGCAACAGGCGGCGUUGGCGGCGGCGUGUCAGUGGAUGCAAUGGCAGCAGUGGAUGUGUGGAUCAAUAUACUAG